AUGGACGACUCGAUGUUCGACAUCGAUGACGGCAGCUCAGAUUUUGAGCCCACGGCCAAACCCAAGACCAAAUCAACCAAGAAAGCCUCCGAGCCGAAACCCGCGACUAAGAAGGCAGCAGCUUCAAAAGCGAAGGCUGGCCCAAAAGCGAAGGCCACCGUUCCCAAGAAGCGCUCGAAGAAGGACUCUGAAGACGAGGUCUCUGGAAACGAAGCUGCCAACCUCUUCGACGAUGAGUCGCUCCUCGCAGACACCCCCCCUCAGGCGAAGAAAGCGAAGCCGAACCCAGUCAAAGGGAGUCACCAGAAACCUCUGGGUGAUAUUGUCAAUGAAGCUAUAGGCCUCGAUGGCGCGAAUGACUCCCCACAGCCUCGAAAGAAGAAGCGCGUCUCCGAGCAAUACCAAAAACUUACACAAUUGGAACAUAUCAUCAAGCGUCCCGACACAUAUAUUGGCUCGGUCGAGCGCACACUCGCGCGGAUGUGGGUCUACAAUACGGAACAAGAUUGCAUGGAGUUUCGGGAUGUAUCUUUUGUCCCUGGCAUCUUCAAGAUCUUCGAUGAGAUCCUGGUCAACGCCGCGGACAACAAGCAAAAUGACAAGAAGAUGGAUGAGAUCCGUGUCACCAUCGACCGCGAAAAGGGUGAAAUCAGCGUCUGGAACAAUGGCCGAGGUAUACCUAUCGAGAUCCAUUCGAAAGAAAAGAUCUAUAUCCCAGAAAUGAUUUUCGGUCAUCUCUUGACCGGCUCAAAUUACGACGACGACGAACAGAAGAUCACAGGCGGCAGGAACGGCUACGGCGCAAAGCUAGCCAACAUAUUCAGCACAGAAUUCACCAUCGAGACUGCUGACUCAAAACAGAAAAAGAAGUACAAGCAGACGUGGACGAAGAACAUGUCCGAGAUGGGCAAGGCCAAGAUCACUGAUGCCAAAGGGGAAGACUACACCAAAGUCACAUUUUACCCUGACUUUGCAAAGUUUGGUAUGACCGCUAUGGAUAAUGAUCUCGAGGCACUUUUCAAGCGCCGGGUCUAUGAUCUUGCCGGCACGUGUAAAGGGGUCAGGGUGAAACUCAACGGUUCCAUGGUUCCCAUCAGAAACUUCAAGAAGUAUUGUGAAAUGUAUACAAAGGCGAUCAAGAAAGAACGCGGUGACGAGGCUGCAAAUGAUACAUCUGGAAUCAUCACAGAAUCUCCCGAUGACCGUUGGGAGAUUGGCUUCGCCGUGUCUGAUGGCUCUUUUCAACAAGUCUCCUUCGUCAACUCCAUUGCCACCACCUUCGGGGGCAGUCAUGUCAACUAUGUUGCCGAUCAAAUUGUCAACUACUUGAUGGAAGUCGUCAAGAAGAAGAACAAAGGCGGUGCACAAAUGAAGCCGCAUCAGAUUCGAAAUCAUAUCUUCGUUUUCGUCAAUGCCCUCAUUGUCAAUCCGGCUUUUACAUCGCAGACCAAAGACCAACUGACUACGAGGCCCGGUCAGUUUGGAAGCAAAUGUCCAGUGUCUGAAGAUUUUUUAAAGAAGGUUGCAAAGACCGAUGUCGUCAACAACAUCCUCCACUUUGCCCAGCAAAAAGCCGAUCAGAUCCUUAAGAAAUCUGAUGGAAGCAGGCGAAGCCGAAUGAACAACCCCAAGUUGACGGAUGCGAACAAGGCCGGCACAAGAGAAGGCCACAAGUGUACCUUGAUCUUGACCGAAGGCGACUCAGCGAAAGGCCUUGCAAUGGCAGGACGAUCCGUCGUCGGCCCCGAUCUGUUCGGUGUCUUCCCGUUACGGGGCAAGCUCCUUAACGUCCGAGAUGCUUCUGUUGACCAGAUCUCGAAAAAUGCAGAAAUUCAGAAUAUCAAGAACUUCCUUGGGCUUCAGCACAAGAAGGUGUACACUGACACCCGCGAUCUCCGCUACGGCCAUUUAAUGAUCAUGACUGAUCAAGAUCAUGACGGAAGUCAUAUCAAAGGGCUGUUGAUAAAUUUCUUGCAGGUCCAGUUCCCCAGUCUGCUGAAGAUCCCGAAAUUCUUGGUCGAGUUCAUUACUCCCAUCGUCAAGGUGUGGAAGGGUGAUCCUAAGAAUCCCACACAAUCGCGCUCGUUUUACACCAUGCCAGAGUACGAGGCUUGGAAGGAGGCACACAAACACGAGCGUGGAUGGGAAAACAAAUACUACAAGGGGUUGGGCACAAGCACGACGGAAGAUGCGCAACAAUACUUCAAUGAUAUCGACAAGCAUCACAAGGAAUUCGACACCAUGAAGGAUGAAGAAGCCGCAUUGAUCGAACUUGCGUUUUCCAAGAAGAAGGCGGAUGAACGGAAGGAGUGGUUGCGGCAAUUCAAGCCGGGCACAUUUUUGGACCACACAACUAAAAACAUAUCCUACACCGAUUUCGUCAACAAAGAGUUGAUCCUUUUCAGCAUGGCCGACAAUAUCCGAUCUAUUCCCUCGGUCGUCGAUGGUCUGAAGCCCGGACAGCGAAAAGUCAUGUUUGCAUGCUUCAAGCGCAAUUUGAGAAAGGAUAUGAAAGUAGCUGAGCUUGCGGGCUUGGUCGGCGGCAUGACCGCCUAUCACCAUGGCGAAACAUCUCUCCAACAGACAAUUGUCGGGCUCGCGCAAAAUUUUGUAGGGUCAAACAAUGUCAACUUGUUGGAACCCUCCGGGCAGUUUGGUACGCGAAACCAAGGCGGAGGCGAUUCUGCAAGUGCUCGAUAUAUUUUUACCCGUCUAUCACCCUUCGCCAGGAAGCUAUUCCACCAAGCCGACGAACCCCUUCUGUCCUACAACUAUGAUGAUGACAAGAAGAUUGAGCCUGAGGUGUAUGUGCCGAUCUUACCAAUGGUCCUCGUCAAUGGCGCCGACGGCAUUGGCACUGGUUGGAGUUCCUCCAUCCCCAACUACAAUCCGGAAGAUAUUGUGGAAAAUCUCAAACGCAGAAUGGCCGGCGAAGAGUGGAAACCAAUGCAACCGUGGUUCCGCGGAUUCAAAGGUGAGGUCAAGGCCACCGGACCUGAUCGGUUUCAAUUCAGUGGUAUUAUCCACCAAACUGGUGAUACCGAAGUCGAGAUUACGGAGUUGCCGAUCCGUACCUGGACGCAGGAUUUCAAGGACCGGCUAGAAGAGAUCAUCAAAGCGGAGAAGGGCCCAUCGUUUAUCAAAGACUACAAGGAUUACAACACUCACGACACUGUGCAUUUUAUCAUCCAGAUGGACGAGAAGCACAUCAAGUCUGCCCUCGAGGAAGGUCUGGUGGAAAAGUUCAAACUCACAAGGUCAAUAGCGACAUCCAAUCUCGUGGCAUUUGACCCGGAAGGCCGCAUUACGAAAUAUGCAAAUGUCGAAGCCAUCAUGGACGAAUUCUACAGUUAUCGUCUCCAGUUGUAUGCUAAGCGGAAGGAAUGGCUUCUGCAAGAGAUGCAGAAAGACCUCAGACGGCUCACCAACCAAGCUCGAUUCAUUCAGAUGAUAAUUGACGGUAAACUCAGCAUUUCCAAGAAGAAAAAGGCUGUCCUCAUUGCAGAGCUUCAGAAGCUUGGAUUUGACGUGUUUCCCAAGACAGAAGAUGCGGCCAAACAAGGUGAGAUCGAAGCUGUUGUCGAAGAGGAAGAUACCGAAGAAGAGUCCAUUGACGCCAGCGCGUACGACUACCUUCUUGGCAUGCCUCUUUGGUCCCUAACGCAAGAGCGAGUUGAGAGACUUUUGCGUCAAAUCGGAGACAAAGAAGAGGAGAUGGAUACUUUGAUGAAGAAAUCAAAGGAAGAUCUCUGGAAACAUGACCUCGAUGAAUUCAUUGCAGAGUGGAGGUUCCAGCUGGAAGAUGAACACAACCGCAAGCGCAAUAUCCGAAAGGGACGUCGAAUCUCGAAGAAAUUCGCAACAGCAGCAACGACAAAGCCGACCAUCAAGAAGCGCAAGGGACUGGGUGAUGCGUGGGAUGACGACUCUGAUUUCGAGGAAUCUGCCCCGAAGGCGAAGAAGAGCGCGCCUCCGAAAACGGUCCAGGUUCCAAAACAGCGCUCUAUCACCGCGUAUGCUGCCCCAAAAACCAAUGCUUUAAAGAAUGCUUUGGAGAAGCGCAGCAUGUAUACUGAUGGUGCCAGUGACCCUCUUGUAGACCCGGAGGACGAGCUCACGAAGCCUGGCAAUGAUGGCCUUGCCAACCGAGUAAAGAACGAGCCUGAGGACGCCGAAAGCCGUAUCCCCAAGGCCAGUACCCGACAAGCUCGGGCAGUAACCAAAAAGCCAACGAACUACGCAUUGUUGAGUGACUCUGAAAGUGACAACGGAGACGAUCUGCUCGCUGAUCUUGGUGAGAUGGUUAAAGGUCUACCAAGCAAUCCCGCCACGGAUAGUGGCACUGAAUCGCGUGCACUUUUCUCCAAUUCUGUUUCCCGUCCAAGCAGCAGCCAUGGCUACAAGCCGGCUCUGAAACCAGCUACCAAGGCCUCUAUGGAGCUGUCGGAGGAUGAGACCGACUACAAGAUGCUUGCACCACAACAGUCUCCAAGACGAUCCAUCAUUCUAACAAAUAAGGAUGACACCAACGCUAUGGAGGAUUCUGACGAAGACAAUAAGCCGGUAAAGCCCUCCAAGAAGCCUGCACCUAAGAAAGCCCAGAAGGUCGUCAGCGACGAUAGUGAGAGUGAUAUUGCCCUCCCAAAGGCGAAUAAGAAAGGGCCCGUCAAAAAGGCAGUGAAAGAGGAGCAGCCGAAAGCAAAGAAACCAGCUGCGAAGAAAGCUCCAGCGGCAAAGAAGGUCGAACAAUCCCCUGUUGCAAAGGCUUACGCAAAGAGACUUGCAAAGAAAAAGGUCACGGACAUGGAUGCCGAUAUGGAUGCUCUGGCGGAUGAUAUUCUAAAGUCUCCUUCUGGUUCUGAUUUAGAUGCUCCUAUUGCAAAGAAAGCAGCGACAAGACCUGCGAGAAGAGCAGUGACCACGAAGAAGCCAACGACCUAUACUUUUGAUGAUGAUGAUGAGGAUGAUGACAGUCAAGAUGGUGGAUUCGACGAUGAUGGUUCUUCGGCAGCGUUUUCGGAUGAGUGA